AUGAAAGGGAAAACCUUGUUUUUCUACAGUUUUCUUCUGAGAAUUUGCUUUGCUAAUGGUUAUGAAGAAGGUUUUGUCAGACUGAUGGGAGGUCAAGAUAACUCUGAGGGCCGUGUGGAGAUCUUCCAUAAUGGGGCCUGGGGGACCGUGUGUGAUGACGGUUGGGACAUUAAUGAUGCCAGAGUUGUGUGUCAGCAGCUCCUUUAUCCUGGUGCAAAAGAAGCUCCAGGAUCUGCUGCUUUUGGGCAGGGAAGCGGAAACAUCUUGAUGGAUGACUUAGGCUGCACAGGAAAUGAGAUAAGCCUCCUUCAGUGUACCUUUGGUGGAUGGGGAGUCCAUAAUUGUGGCCAUUCUGAGGAUGCUGGUGUUAGGUGUGAAACUGGAUCUGAGCCCAACAGGAGGGACCCCACCCCUGAAUACACUGUGGACCAUAAUGCAACCCUUACUGCGGAACUGGGGGAGCUGUUUGACAGUGGGCACGACUGUGACCUGAACAUACCAGUGAUGGUGGACAACAGCACUGUAGAGACAGUCUGUGUUCACAGGGUUAUACUCUCCUUGAACGCUAAUCUCAAAGAAUCACAGCCAGAUUUCCACAGACUGAGCAUCAGCGUCUCCUCUGAAUGCAGUCAAUAUGCCAGAACAUUUCUAAGAUACUUCUACACAAGAAAAGUUAAAUUCACGAUAACCUCUACCUGCAUAAUCAAGAUGGCUUAUGACUGGGGCCUGACAGAACUCCAGGACGAGGCAGCACAUGUUUUCAGGAAGGUUCUCACAGAAGAUUCCACUUUCCAGAGCCAGAUCUCUUUCUGUCAGUAUGCAGCUCUAGUCAGCGAUGAGGCUCUGAAGGACAUCUGUCUUCGUUACCUGGCGUGGAACUGUGAGACCCUGAUCGAUUCUCCUGCUUGGACCAAACUUCCUCUCUUUCUAGUCAAAGCCCUUCUUUCACGUUCAGACAUUUUGGUUCAUAAUGAAACUGUCAUUUUGCAUGGACUGGAGAAGUGGGCAGCGGCUCAGGAAAACACCACUAUUCCUGACAUCCUUUUGAAGCUUAUCCGCUUCCCGAUGAUAUCGGCUGAGGACCUCCACAGAAUGGAUGGUUCCCAGUAUCGCAUCGGAAAGUUGGAGGGCUUCGAGUUUAAUUCUCUGCCUGUCAGUGUUCUGCUCAGUGACCUGACAGAGAAACGGGACAUCUAUACUCCCAGGAUUUAUACCGGUGCCACAUGGAGCUUCACAUUCAGCACUCAGGAGAUCAGAGCUUUCAACUAUUCUGGCUUCUACAUCGUUAAGGGUCAGCGAACGAGUAGCCUAACAUCUGACUUCCAAACACCUGUUCACACCAGUUCCUACUUUGCAUUUCAGAAUGUUCUCUGGAGAGUGAAAGUAUUUGUCCAGGAAAAAGACUGUGUGAGAGAAAGUGUGAGCUGCCCCUCUCUACCUGCAGUUAGUUUAAAGAUUCAGGAAAAGCAGAAUAACUUACCCAGUGAAAUGCUUAGCCGCAUUGGUUAUAGAAACAAGAUUGUUCUAAGAUGUAGAGGGAGGCAUGUUUUUUACAUUGCUGAAUUCAAUUCUGUUGAUAGUGAGAACCCUAUAUUUAUUCCCAGUCUUGCAGAACAGACUUACCCAUGUCAAUCAACAGGGUUCUCAUAUCAAGUGGUGGUUUGUCCUUACUACUCAACGGAUUAG